AUGGUCAAGUACACACAACCAGUCACCCUCAUCAAGCAAGAGUCUGAGCAAACCAAGGUACUUGGUUUAAACUGGGACCCAAAAGCUGAUGUACUUAGUUAUAAAUACCAACCGAAUCCUGUGAAGUAUAGUAAACGUGCUAUACUUUCGGAAAUAGCUCGUAUUUACGAUCCUCUUGGGCUUUUAUCACCAGUUACCACAGACCUCAAGAGACUCAUGAAAUAUCUCUGGUUGGUAGCAGUCGGUUGGGAUGAACCCAUCCCUGAAGAAGUGGCGACCGUGUGGAACGAAUAUCAUCAGGAAUUGCCCGUAUUGGCGACGUUAAAAAUUCCUCAUCUUGUCACACAUACUUGUGCGUCGUAUGAGUUGCACGGAUUUAGCGAUAGCUCAGAGGCAGCGUACGCAGCGGUCGUAUACAUACGUGAAACUUCAGAAAGCCAAACCAAUUGUCACCUUCUAAUGGGAAAGUCAAAGAUAGCUCCAGCUUCAAAGGUUUCUGUCCCACGGUUGGAGUUUUGCGGCGCGUGGCUUCAUGCCUGUCUCAUCAAUUACGUUCAGCAACAUCUCGAAGUGUUAAAGAUAUUGAACGUUACUGCUUGGACGGAUUCUACGGUAGUAUUAUCUUUGAUUCGGACACCAACGGUAAGACUAAAGACGUUUGUAGAAAAACGUGUAGCAAAAAUACAACAGCUAACCGACACGAAAAUCUGGCGCCAUAUUCCAACCCGUGACAACCUCGCCGACUGUGCGUUCCGAGGACUUGGGCCCAACGAUCUAGCUACACGAGUUAUGUUGGAAAGGUCUAACAUUCCUACGUCAACCUGA